UCGCUCUCGAGCAGUCGGAUCCCACGAGCUGGAGCGCCUAGCUUCAAAAGCAUCAGAAGCUGCAAUUAGAGCCACUGCCGAGAAAGGAGCACCCAUGGGCUGGAGGACGCGGAUGAGCCGCCUGGUUUCGCUGACAUUGCUGGCGACGCUCAUGGCCCGUGCGCUGGCGGAGGAUGUGCCGCAGGUGAACUGCGAGAUGCAGUCCCUUAGCGGACCUAGCUGGCGUUCCGGCACCAUCGGCAAGGUGUCCUGCCAAUGUCACGGUGGCGAGGGCAGGAAGAUGUCUGUGCGCAGGCAGGGCACAAUAGAAUCAACGGACUCGUACAACGGCACCGUGGUGCACAUGGAUGCGAAUCCCGCCAACGAGUGGGAGCGAAGGUAUGAGUGCCUUCUGGAUGGCGUCAGCCAGAGCCAUGUGUCCGUCCGAGUCUACGCCCUGCUAAAUGUUAAGGAUUUCGUGUGCCGCGACGAGGUCUAUCACUUGAGGUGCACCUUCAGCCGCAUGGAGAACGGCAAUUUCGAGAACAAAACCCACUACCAGCUGGCCAUGGGCAUGGUCAAGCCAGUCGACUGCAGGAAGUCGGAGGACGAACGCAGCAGGGGCAAAAUGGAGUGCUCCGUGCCCAUUGACCCGAACAGCCGUGCACCGGAAUGUAGGGUUUUCAGGCUGAUCAUGAGCGACACCUUGGGCAACCAGACCACGGUGCUCAGGCUCACACAAGCCGAAAUGGAGGUGCUGGAGUGGCCGCGGGGCAAGCACAACAUGAUACAAGCGCCCAACCAGACUUGCCUGGAGUGGAACGGACCCAUCAUUUACCCGAACCGAACCUUUGAACUGAACGUGCAGUUCCGCCACUCCAAGCUGCCCAACUUGUCCAGGAAUCUCACCGUUUUGCAGGAGCGAGCUGUCAGUGUUUUCGACCGGGUCUGCUUUGGAAACCCACCGGAGGGCAACCAGUUGUUCUACGUUAGCCUGAGGCGCCGUUUCCAUGGGUCCCCCUGGUCGGAAAGGUAUCCCGAGUUUGAACUCACCACGAAUGCAUCCUUGCCCGUCCGUCCGCCGCGGUUCCUGGCAAAUGGCUUCUCCCACGACCGUGCUAAAAGGGAGCUCAAGGUCUACUGGGUGCCGCUGGACGAGCUGGAGUUCAAUGGAGCCGAGCAGACAUACGUGGCGAGCACCAGAACCAAAGUGGCCACCACCCAGAGCAGGAUGCUCGCGAUCUUCAAGGACUGGGAUGACACGCAACCGGCCACAGUGUCUGUGUGGAGCAGCAACGCCGUGGGGCGAUCGCUGGAGAGCAGCCAGCUGACGGUGCCCAGACUGAGCGCCAUCCGGGAUCGACGGAUUUACCUGGAGAGCUACAACAAGACGAGCUUCAGACUCAGCUGGCAGGGGCCGGAGGAGCUGGGAAACUUCACUGGCUACAUAGUCUAUUGGUGCCCGCUGUCCAGCAAAGUGCACGAUGCCUGCGACGAUAGUUCCUCCAUCGAGACCACCUACGCCCGCGAGCCGGUGUACAAUUUCUCCGGGAUGCAUGGCGUGAUCCGGAUGGCCGUGGCGGCCAACUACAGCGACGGCCUGACCGCCGGGAUGCGCUGGUGGUCCGGUGACAGCGAGGUGCCCGAGAAGACAAAGAUCCUGCGAUACGUGAAGGGCAUCAUCGCUCUGAUUGUGCUUGGGGCACUCGCCGUGGCCGUUCACAAAAUGCGCCAAAUGGCGGACAUCCGGGUUGAGCUGCCGGAGAUGAAUGAAGUGUCCACGGUAAAUUCACUUGGCAGUGUACGCCUGUUCUAUCCCGCCAACGUUCCGCCAGAGAAGUUCUACGGCCCAGUGGGCAGAACCGUGACAUUUGCAGAAGAGGAGCCUCCGACGUGGCCGGACAUAGAAAUGGAGGAGGUGCCCAGACCGCAGCCCGUGCUCCAGGCCAAUCCGUACGUAACCAAUCAGUACGUGACCAUGAACGCAAUUGGCGCGCCCUGUGGCGAUGGGUACAUCAAGCCGCCACCCGUGCGCUGAAAUCUCCGGGGAGAUUGCUCUCCGCUCUUCUUGUAGUUCGCCAUUAGUAACUAGCCCAGCCCAGCACCGAAGACCACUAACCAGAAGCAUCCUCAUUAUUUAGUUAGUAUUACAACCGUAGGGUUACGCUUGCCACCCAUCUGCCAUCCUCUGAUGGAUCUAUUUAUGUACAUCGACAUGCAUGCGAUCGGCAUCACCACAUACACAUGCGAUCUAGCCGGGAUUAUGAGAUAGAAGCUCGUUCUGCUCCAGCUAAACACUAUUUCGUAUAUUUAAUAAAAAAAAUCUUGUACAGACCGAA